CUUCCAACUGCCUGAAGCCGUUUUGUUUUUUUUUAUUUCUUUGUCAAUAUGUUUUAAAUAUCUCGUACAUAGGAGGGCCAUCUUGAAUAUUUUGUGUUUUGGAAAUUUACAACCGCUCUCUUGCACUCUCCAACACGCAUUUGCUGAAGUGACAGUCCAGAUCCUACUAAGAGGGGCAAGCCGAAAGUGAGACUUCACAACCCAACAUAGGCUUUGAGAGAGGAACGGAAACUGCAACAGACAAAAUGUCAGGCUUGGGUGGAGAUGGCACGUCAAUUUCCCUCUCUUCUGUGCCUGAGAAUGGCCGAACAGCUUUUGUCUAUGGCACCCUGGUGAGCAACUCGUUACCCCGCUCUCUCUCGGAUCCCUCUAUCGGAAACCCUCCACUAACGACCUCGUAGAUGGUUCCCCAGAUUUUAUACCGUGUCUGUUAUGGUACCGAAAAUCCUCUCCCGGAACUUAUCUCUCACCUCCGCCUUUCUCCUGCACUUUUGCGAAACUAUUCCUGCCGAAAGGUCCGCCAUGCGGACUUUCCCGGUAUCAUUGCACAGAAAAACCAUACGGUUCUCGGGACUCUGAUAAGUGGCCUUAGCAAGGCAGAUGUGAGUUGGCUGGAUCAGUUUGAAGGCGAUAUGUACAAACGUGUGUUUAUCGAGGUACAGGCACUUGAGGCCGAGGUAUUCGACGCAUAUGGGAACAUCAAAGCGGAGGAGAUGGAGAAAGUCAAUGCUUUUAAAGAAGGGGAAAGGAACAUGGUGAGGGCGGAGACUUAUGUGUGGGAUCUGGGUAAGGACCGUCUUGAGAGUGAGGAGUGGUUAUUUGCGGAUUUUCGCAGCGAGAAGAUGAAGAAUUGGGUUGAUGGACCUGAGAACGACGGGACGGUCGACCACUAUGAUGACUCCGGAACAGAAAGGGGGAGCCAAGACGGCGACGGGAAAGGAGGGGCGCCCGAAACAGAGAAGGGAUUUGAAAUUGAUGGGGGGCACGUUGAAGACGAGGAACAAGAAAAGCGCCGGAUCGCCUCGGUGGUCGCCGGCAUCGCUGCAAAGGAAGCUGAGGAUUGGGAGUCGGAUGCAUUGAUGAGCGCGGUGUGAGCAGUUGACUCCGACGAGCAUCGAUCUUGUAUGGAUCUGGAUGCUCGUCCCGCAAAGACGCAGUUGUAGAUCUGAAAUUACCCGUAGAUGCAAUACAUGCCGAACAGCGUGUAAUAGGUAGAGAAUGGAAAAUGUUGACAUACAGGUGGAGUC